AUGGCCCACGUCGCCAGCAGUUCCCAACCGACUAACCAGCCAACCACUAAAACGACCGGCAGAAGCUGGCUUGGAAUCUAUGGGCUGGAGGCGCUGACUUUGAUGACCUUUGAAGAGCUUCAGGACUUUUCUGAGAACUAUGGCUCACAGUUUCCUGUUAAUGCCCUCUUGAAUCCUGAUCAUGAAAGCGAGGAUGAGAUGAUCCGUGAAAUUCUGAGAAAGAUGGGAUGUCUCGAAAAGAGUGGAUAA